AUGGUGUUGCAACAAUUUCUUAAAUCUGUGGCCAUCUUCCACAUAUCCAAUAUUUUCACAUUUGUUUGUUCUGAGAAACUCCCUGUAGCUCAAAGGAUCCGUAUAAAACCUCCCGUACAAUCACCAAUGACUCCAGGGCCAGUUUUAAACUUGACUCACCCCUCACCAAGUCCACCAAGGUUGGCAGAUAAAAGGAACCCCGGAAGGCAGGAGACAGAAACCACUUUUGACAAUCCGAGCUCGUCUCUCCCAUUACCCGCCGGUCAAUCGACGUGCUAA